ACGAAUCGGCGCAUGGCGUCUCAGUUCUGGACAGUAGUUUGUCUCGUCUGGUUGACUUCCCGUCUGGUGCUGCCCUCUAGCGGCGGACGAUCGCUCGUCGUUGACCACGCGAACAGGCGGUUCCUGAGGGACGGCAAGCCUUUCCAGUUCGUGGCCGGGGCCAUGCACUACUUCCGGAUCCCGCGCGCCUACUGGAAGGACAGGCUUCGUAAGGCGCGAAUGGCGGGCCUCAACGCCGUCGACUUUUACGUCGAAUGGAGCAGUCACGAACCGGAACCACGGGAGUACAACUUCGAAGGCAUGUACGACGUUGUCGCGUUCCUCAACGAAGUCAAGAACGAGGACCUGCUUGCCGUUCUGAGGCCCGGACCUUACAUCUGCGCCGAAAGAGACAACGGUGGCUUUCCGUAUUGGCUGCUGAAACUGCACCCAAAGAUGAUGUACCGAAGCAUGGAUAUCAACUAUCUCAACCUCACGGACAGAUGGUACAACAAGCUUCUACCCAUGCUGGUACCGCACUUGUACAAGAACGGUGGUCCGAUCUUCGCCGUCCAGGUGGAGAACGAGUUCGGACACUACAAGCACUGCGACGUGAACUACAUGGACCACGUGUUGUCUGCCCUGGAGAGGCACUUCGGACGUGACGUCGUCUACUUCCGGAACGAUUUUCCCGAGGAGUAUUACUACACGUGUGAUAAGGUUCGCGAUAUUCUUGUGGCCGGGAACUUCGACUACACUCAAGAUCCCAAGAAGAUGUUCGCUGUCAUGGACUGGGCCCAGGUUCGCCCCUGUCCAUGGUUUGUUGCCGAGUACUACACGGGUUGGAUGGACCACUGGACUUUCGAUCGCUCCAACAAGAGCAGCCUCGAGUUGGUCGACAAAUUUAGAGACCUCCUGAAGAUGGGGGCGUCCGUGACCAUCUACAUGUUUCACGGAGGCACCAGCUUCGGCUUCAAGUCGUCCAUCAGCAUGGACACUCCCGUUGUGACGAGCUACGAUUACGGCGCGCCGGUGGCCGAGGACGGCUCGUUGAGGCCUAUGUACUACAAGUUCAGGCAGGUCAUCAAGGAGUUUCUGCCGAUUCCUAACGGCGAACCUCCCGGCCCAGCGAAGAAACUCAACUUCGGGGCAGUGAAGUUGAAUCAUUACAUGAGUAUGAACGAUGCAUUGAACCACUUUAGCAAGAUAAACUGGCUGAACCGGAAGCAGUCCAAGUUUCCGAUGACGUUCGAAGAGGUCGGACAGGACUACGGAUUCGUCCUGUACACGGCGAAUGUGAACGUGAACGUUCAGGGAAAAGGAAAGUUGCGGUUGCUCGGCCUGCGUGACCGAGCGCACGUGUUUGUGCAGAACUCGAAGCACAUCUUUUACAGCUUUAAGCCGGUCUCCGGUGACCCGAAGACUGAGGGUGACAUCCCCGUGAAUAAGGGUGAUAAGCUUGUGAUUCUGGUGGAGAACAUGGGAAGAGACCAAGUUGGUAACCGGAACCAUGAUCGCAAGGGAUUGAAGAACGUUACGCUCAACGACAACCACAUAACGGACUGGACCAUGGAAGUGGUCCCAUUGACGAGGAACCAGGACGUCACGGAGCUUCUGCGCAUCGUUCGAAAGGAAGGCUGACGGCAGGCUGCCAGGCUUCUUCGCGGGCAGCUUCACGCUUUCCGACAAGCAGGAGCCACUGGACACCUUUCUGGAUCCCACUGGUUGGGGUAAAGGUGUCGCUUACGUAAACGGCGUCAACCUGGGGCGUUACUGGCCCAUGGCCGGUCCCCAAGUGCGGCUGUACCUUCCGGCUCCGUUCCUGAUGAGACACCCGCAGGAGAAUAGACUGAUGCUGUUCGAAGUGGACCGCGUGCCGAAUGACAGGACUGUGAAGCUCGUCGACCAGCCUUUGCUCGAUAAGCAGGGAAAUUUACCUACGCCUUGAUUUGAUGACGUGAUACGUC